GGAUCUACAGAAGUUCGGUGACAUUGCUGGUAAUAGAGGCCUCACUGAGCCAUCGGAUUUCAUCAAAAAUAUCUUAAUUUGUGUUCCAAAGAUGAAUGAAGGUCUUACGGGUGUAGAACGACAUGAGGUUGAGUAAUUAAUGACAGAAUUUUCAUUUUUGGGUGAACUAACUUUUAACAUUACAGAGGGGACUAGCAAACUCUUGUGAAUGUAAGAAUACCUGUGUUUUAAAAAAAACAUAAAUGACACUUGUUGAGUUUUUUUUGUAUUAAUUGUAAAAAAAUAAAAAUCAUAAAAAACGUGGCAUGUGUUAUCUUGGGAUCACAAAAUGAAAAUACAGGCUCUGGAGCCUGGAACCUCUAUAAACACAUGUAGGCAUUGCUCUGACUCCAUCUAGUGUUCAAAGAAAAUACUACAAUAUUAGAAUGUUUUUCUAACUCCUUUCUAAACUCUAGCAAAUCUUAAUUUAUUUAAUUUUCACAUAAAGUAUACUCUUGUCCCCUGUGAAACACCUGUGAUCACAUAUUCUAAAUAGCUAGUUGCAUAUGGUGACCUUGAGCAGUCUAUAACUAAUAAAAGCUUAAAAAACUAUAGGCCUACUUGUUGGAAGAUUAAUUAUUCAAAUAAUAAUAAUAAUAAUUUGGCUUUCAACCACAUACAGAUGGCUAUUUUAGGCUGUGAUAAAAGUUAGGCCAUCUAUUAAAAAUUCAUGGGAAGAUAUUAUUUUUAAUUUUAGAUAUUAAAGAGUUAUUUUGGUGUUUUUCCCCGAAACAAUUUAUCUAUUUAACUCUUAUCACUAUCAUUAGUUUUGACCCAAGAGAUGAUGUUAAUUGUUGGGGAAGUGAUCUGCUGCUGCCACAGAGAACAACAGCGCCUCCUACUGGAGCAAAAGAUCAAGGGAUUUUUGGGUUGAACGAAACAUUGGCUCCCUCUGCUGUUCAUAGCCGUAUAUAACACAAUCAUAAAUGUAAUACUGGACAUCAGCCAGUCCCCCCAAUAAGCUUUCUGCUUUCAAAUUCAUGAAAUUCAAAAUAAUAAUACUAAUACUAAUAAUAAUAAUAAUAAUUGUUGUUUAUGCACUAUAUUACACUUUCAAUUUUACUCAAGUCCUUGUAAUGGCAAUUCAGAGAUUUGUUUCUAAACACAUACAUUUUAGAAAUGUACUGCUGAAAACACGUUACAAAGACUGAACUAUGCAGUACUGUUUUUCAGUACUUUGUUUUCAGGUUAUUUUGGGCGGACCUGUAAUCAUGGCUCGAUGACGCACUGCAGCCUCUGAUCAUGGCUCCUCCCCCAACACUAGAGCACAUUAGCCUCACUAGCUCGUCCGUUCAGCUAGCUAGUAGCUAUGCCUUCGACACGUAAAUGCAUAUUACCUGGUUGCGAAAAUGUACAAAGCAGCUCAGUCUCCUUAUUUAAACUUCCUAAAAACGAUGAUAUCAAGAAGAGGUGGAUUAAUUUUGUGAAGCGCCACAUUGAUGGAGAGCUGAGGAUCACCACCAACACCCGCCUCUGCAGUGAACAUUUUACACCGGAUAGUUUUACAAACUUUCAUCGGAGACAACUGGGAUUCACUGAUAAUCCGCUGUUACUGGUGAAUGGGGCCGAACCGACUAUCUUCCGUCCCGGUCUUCAUCCUCCUGUCCCGCCGACAUCUGGUGCCACAGUCGGCAUUACGUGCCCACCAAUGAGUCACUCUCUUCCAACCACAAGAGAGACAAAGUGCCGGUGUGACAACAUGCAGAAAGUCACCAGAGAAGUUGGAUGUCAGACAGACCACUUUGAGGGGGAAAGGACUGUGGAAACACAACUGUCUAAAAGAACACUAAGCAGCGGAAAGAAUACAGGUUCUCAAGCUAUGGUAGCCACAAGUGUUGCUGUGGGCAACACCACAUCCAAGCUUCCUCCGCUCUGUUCAACUCCACUUAAGCGGAAAGCAGUAUCAGUAUCACCUGAUAGACCCUCAAAGCGUUCUCUCUUGGAGUUUCCCUCUUUUCAGGAAUCUGUAAAUGGUUUCAACAUGGCAGAUCCCGAUGACUCCACUUACCUCCCCAGCAUGUCUGAAUUGGCUGACACCACCAGUGAACAAGCACCAACCAAGACACCGCAGGACAUGGUGAAAUACUUGGUAUACGAGGAUUGCCUGCUUGAGCUUUUUAAAAUCUGCCCCACCUGCUCAAGUGUCUGCAAAGUAGUCACAUUUGUAAAAGGAACAUUCCUUUCUGUGACCCAGAAGUGCCUCCACCAGAGUUGUUCAUACACCAGACAGUGGAAGAGUCAACCACUUCUGGGCAGCUCUCCAGCAGGGAAUCUGCACCUAUCAGCUGCUGUCUACUACACGGGCUCUUCUUUCAUCCAGACUAACAAGGUGCUCAGUGCAAUGCAUGUGAGAACCUUCACCAGAAUGGCACAUCGAAAUCAUGUGUAUAACUACAUUCUGCCGUCCGUGCUGCAUAAAUGGCGAUCACACCAGACCGACCUGCUUGAGGGACUAAAACAGAGUGAAACUGUAUCUCUUGGUGGUGAUAUGAGAGCCGACAGUCCAGGCCAUUGCGCAAAGUAUGGCUCAUACUCCAUGAUGGAUCUCAGCUCAGACAAAAUUGUUGAUAUCCAGCUUGUACAGAGCAAAGAAGUGGGAAGCAGUGUCUGUGUGGAAAAGGAAGGGCUUAUCCGGAGUCUAGAAUUUCUUGAAAGAUCUGGUGUCAAAGUAGCUUCCCUGGUGACAGACCGACACACCCAGGUUCAAAAUUUUGUCUGGGAACAGAAACCAAACAUUGCCCACUUUUAUGAUGUAUGGCAUUUAUGUAAAGCACUCACCAAGAAGUUGGAUGCCAUCUCCAAGAAGAAGGACUGCAACAAGAUCAAAAUGUGGCAAAAGAGCAUCAAAAAUCAUCUCUACUGGUCAGCAUCCGGUUCAUCCAGUGGAGAGGAAACGGUGGCAAAAUGGACAUCACUUCUCAACCACAUCCAGAAUGUGCAUGUGCAUGAAAAUCCACUCUUCCCCAAGUGCCUCCACCCUCCUUCUUCUGAUAAAAACAAGUGGCUGAAGUCUGCAACAAAGGCCUCCUACAAGCUGGAGAAGGUGCUAAUGAACAAGCGUGUUCUUGGUGAUGUGAAAAAGCUGAGCCCUCUCUACCAAACAUCUGCCUUGGAGAGGUUCCACAGCGUGAUUCUUCAGUUCGCACCAAAAAACGUGGCUUACUCAUACUUAGGGAUGCUCUGCAGACUUUACCUGGCCGCGUUGCAUUUCAAUGAAAAUUCUGGCCAUACCCAAGUGAGGACUGCAGCAGGAGAACUGCAGCUCCAAAUUAAAUUUCCCAAGGCCAAGAGAGGGGAACAUGUUGUGUCCAUGGUGAAGACCAAAUAUACUACUGAAUAUGUGACUGAGCUUACGGACCUCCUCUUUAACGAGGUUAUCCAUGACCCUGCUCCCUUUGUGGCUGAGAUGAAAGCAGUGGCUGUUCCUGGAUUCCUGUGUUCACAGUGUGAUUGACCUGAGAAAUCAGAUGCAAUUGUGUCCAGGUUGGAUGGCAACAGCUCCAAUACAUGGUGACCCAAGACCCAACAAUCCCUUUUCUAAUCAAUCAGCCAUACUAUUGUACUAUUCUGACUCUUACUCAAAAUUUUGUUAUUUGGGUAAUAUAUGCACUACAUUACGUUUGUUGCGAUAAUUACAAUUACAUUUUCAACUUACUGUCCGAUUAUAUGGACAUGAUAGUCCAGAUUUGACACCAGUGUUUUUCCCCAUGUGCAAUUGUUGGUGUCUUCCUCUAGCAUAUCUGAAUGCCUCUGUGUUCCUGUGACUUAUUUCCUGCCUCAGUCCAUCCCUGCACUAGAGCUCCACCAGCCUCCAUUUCAGAACGAGCAAAGAAGUGGGAAGCAGUGUCUGUAUGGAAAAGGAAAGGCUUAUCCGGAGUCUGGAAUUUCUUGAAAGAUCUAGCUUCCCUGGUGACAGACCGACACACCCAGGUUCAAAAGUUUGUCUGGGAACAGAAACCA